AUGACUUUCAAAUACGACUCAAGAUGGCUGGUCGAUGCCCCCAGACAAAGAUUUUUCAACAUCUGGGAUAGUUUAAGGAACAACGCGGCGACACCGUUACUUCUUAUCGGCCACAGCUUUGGGCGGGAUGUUACUGAACAGGUUGGUCAGCUUUAA